AUGCGAAAGUGGGUUCCUGGGAUGAUUCCAUAUAUGAUAUCUCUUGCUUCAAUUUCGAUUUGGGUGAAGCUUUGGAAUGUUCCAUUGGAGUUGUACUCGCAAGAUGGUCUCAGGUAUAUUGUUAGUGCUCUUGGUAGACCUCUCUAUACUGAUCAUGCUAGUGCUUUAAAGCAUCAAUUUGAAUUUGCAAAAAUAUGUAUUAAUAUUGAUGCUAAGGUUACUCUUCCUAGUUUUGUCAUGGUUGAGCUUGAUGAGAGUAAUAGGGUUGUUGGUGUUGUUGAAUUGGUGUGGGCUCCUUCAAGGUAUGGCCAUUGUAAUAUUUUUGGUCACUUGGAGAAUGACUGUUCAAAGAGGAAGAUUAGUACUAUGGUGGCAACUUGUCAUGUUGUGGAUCCUAUGACUACUCUUGGUGAGGAUGACUCAAGUUGUAAUGUUGAUAAUAUGGAUGUUGCUGCUAAAGGUAAACAAGUUGCAGAGAGUGUGGAAGGGGUGACUACUUGUCCUGUUGUGGAUCUUAUGGAAACUCUUGGUGAGAAUGAAGGUGUGGGUUGUGUUGUUAGUGGUAGUGGUGGCGUCUUGGAUGGGGAUGGUGGGCUAGUGCACAGUCCAAAUCAGUUUUCUUUGUUGUCUGAUGCUCUAGGGGUUGUUGUUUCUCAUAGGAAAACUAGAGCUGCAGCGGAUGGAGGUUGUAAUGACCCUGUUAAGUUGAGGAGAGUUUUGGGGUUGGUUAGGAAGUUGAAGGUUGAAAUUUUGUAUUUACUGGGAACAAGAAUAAGGGAGGUCAAUGUUGGUGCUAUUGUUCAAUGA